AUGGAUCAUUCACGCAUCAAACUUUUAGAAGAAGGAAUAUCUUUUGCACAAGGCGAGGAAGAUGAUCAAUACUGGGAUAUUAAUGAAUUUAAAAAAAAAUUGAAAAUCAAAAUAUAUCAUGUUUUGAAAACUGAAAUGGAAUUUGAUAUUAUUGGAUGUGAUGCCUCAUUGGUUAACGCCAUUCGCCGCAUUUUAAUAUCUGAGGUUCCUAUUAUGGCAAUAGAUAAAGUCAUGUUGUAUAACAACACUUCAAUAAUCCCCGAUGAGGUUUUAUGCCACCGCUUAGGUCUUAUACCAUUAAAAGUGAAUCCACAUUUGUUUAACUUUAAACCUCUUGGAGAAGAACUUAGUUUGAAUCCAAAUGACACACUUGAAUUUGAAUUAAAUAUUAAAUGUUCAAAAAAUGCAAAUGCUCCACCAAAUUCAAAUGACCCUGAUGCUUUAUAUAUAAAUAAUAAAGUUUUUAGCAGUGCUAUAAAAUGGUUGCCAAUAAAAAAUCAAUUUGAACAAUAUUUUUCGUUAUCCCUUGAAAAACAACCUAUGCCAGUAAAUUCUGAUAUUCUUAUUGCGAAAUUAAUUCCUGGUCAAGUUAUUCAAUUAAAAAUGCUUGCAUUUAAAGGCAAAGGCAGUGAUCAUGCCAAAUUUUCUCCAGUGUGCACAGCACAUUACCGUUAUCUUCCCGAUAUUAUAUUAAAAAAGUCUAUAAUGAAUGAACAAGCGAUAAAAUUUCAACAAUGUUUCACCAAAGGCGUUAUUGAACUAGCUAUAGAUAGAAAAGGAAAUAAGAUAGCCAGAGUAAAAGAUGCCAGAUACGACCAAUGUAGCAGAAAUGUGUUUAGAUAUCCCGAAUUCAAAGACAAAGUCGAACUCAGCAAAAUUCGCAAUCAUUUCGUGUUUAACAUCGAAUCUACUGGUUGUUUAGAACCCGAUACAUUAUUCAAGGAAUCAAUCAAAAUUCUAAUGGAGAAAUGUCAAAAAUGGAUAUUUGAAAUUGAUAUUUACCAAUCAAAAAGAAAAGAUUUACCUUAAUCAUAUUUUCAUUCUCAUAAUUGUGAUAUCAAAAAAUAAUUUAAU